AUGCGCAGGGCGGCAGAGCCGGGAAAGAGAGAUGCCAAGGGCCAGUACCUGUUCGACCUCCUCUGCCACCACCUGAACCUGCUGGAGAAGGACUACUUCGGCAUCCGCUUCGUGGACCCGGACAAGCAGAGGCAUUGGUUGGAAUUUACCAAGUCGGUUGUGAAGCAGAUGAGGGCCCAGCCUCCCUUCACCAUGUGCUUCCGCGUGAAGUUCUACCCCACGGCCCCCGCUUCGUUAAAGUCAAGGGUAGUAAGGUAUUUAGUGUUCCUGCAGAUCAAGCGAGACCUCUACCACGGCCGCCUGCUCUGCAAGACUUCGGAUGCCGCUCUGCUGGCCGCCUAUAUCCUGCAAGCGGAGAUUGGGGACUACGACCCGGGCAAGCACCCGGAAGGCUACAGCUCCAAGUUCCAGUUCUUCCCGAAGCAUUCGGAAAAGCUGGAGAGGAAAAUCGCGGAGAUCCACAAGACGGAGCUGAGUGGCCAGACACCAGCUACGUCGGAGUUAAAUUUUCUACGGAAAGCCCAGACUCUGGAGACCUACGGAGUUGACCCGCACCCUUGCAAGGACGUGUCCGGGAACGCGGCCUUCCUGGCCUUCACCCCCUUCGGCUUCGUGGUCCUGCAGGGCAACAAGAGGGUUCACUUCAUCAAGUGGAAUGAGGUGACCAAGAUGAAGUUUGAAGGAAAGACUUUCUAUUUAUAUGUAAGUCAGAAAGAGGAAAAGAAAAUCGUCCUGACCUAUUUUGCUCCAACACCAGAAGCCUGCAAGCACCUCUGGAAGUGCGGGAUAGAAAACCAGGCUUUUUACAACGACGCGCUGGUGGGCGCGGGCCGCGGCGCGCGCGCCGACAGCAGCGAGCGUGUGGCCGUCAUCGCCGACGAGAACUACAGCCCGGCGGACAGCGUGCUGCCCACGCCCGUGGCCGAGCACAGCCUGGAGCUGCUGCUGCUCGCGCGGCACCUCAACGGGGCGCCCUGCAGCAUCGAGGAGGAGAAGGAGUCCGAGGCCAGCACGCCCACGGCGGCCGAGGCCGAGGAGCCGGGCGCCUUGCGCGCCCUGUGCCCGGGCGCUGGCGGGGCGCAGGCCGAACAGGUGAAUAAGUUUGUUUUAAGUGUCCUCCGUUUGCUCCUUGUGACAGUUGGACUCCUCUUUGUUUUGCUCCUCCUCCUCAUCAUCCUUACCGAGUCUGACCUUGACACUGCCUUUUUCCGUGAUAUUCGCCAGACCCCCGAGUUUGAACAGUUCCAUUAUCAAUACUUUUGUCCCCUCAGGCGAUGGUUUGCCUGCAAAAUCCGCUCCGUGGUAAACCUGCUCAUUGACACCUGAAGGCAGGAGUCUCCUCCUAACUAGCCAGGUGGACUCGGAAGAUCCCGGCUACCUGUUCCCAGCAAUGGGACCCUUGUGGCACCAUCGGCACACACAAUAAGUCCUUCUUUCAUGACUCAAAGUACAGUGCGGCCUAGGACGUUUCUUUCCGAGCCGAAGAAAGGGAUAGACUCAUACCCGAUCAGACACAUUUCCUUGCAGACCCUCUUUCCUAUCACACCCAGCUGCUCCGUUUCCUACCUUGGAGCCCGCAGAAAAGUUGCAGGUUUUAAUUUCGAUUCUCGUAGCUGCGUGUAUGACUUUGGAAGCAUCAAAUAAAGAGAGGAGUUUAUUUUACUAUUACUACUGAUUCUUGUCUUAGCCUCGGCCAGCCGCCGAGGC